CCGAAUUGUCCACUUUAACCGUCGAUGGCCAAGAGAAGCGCCUCUCCUGAGUGGUUCCAUUGCAACCCAUUUACUGACAUUCAGGGGAUUCGACGUUCGAUAAAAUUCGAAGUAAUAUUUCGAGAAACAUCUUUGCAAGCAUUCUGCUGCUUCUAUGGCAGGAAUGACUUUAGGCUUUAGGUACAUUCAAAGGCUGGUGGACCAAUUCCCUCCUGUAAAAGCGUUUCAUUUUGUCCUUGACCACACUGAGUGUGGAUUAGAGAAGCUUGGUGGAGCAGAACAAGGUGAAUUUCAUCCACCCACGUCGCGAAUGACCAAUUAUGUUGUGUUUAAAUUCGGAGAGCUUACUAGGUCUUACAAUGUCUUACUAUCUUGGCUAUCUGGGCUUCACUUCAGAAUGCAGUGGUAUUUCAUGACUUCAUGAUUGCUACUACUGGGAAGUACUGGCAGUGCUGCUCAAAACCAGCAUAUGUUGCAUAGAGCAUGAGGAGACCCAGCUACAGCG